CGCCGCCGCCGCCGCCGCCGCCCGCCCUCCGCGCGUCCCCGCCGCGCUCCGAUCCCUGCGGCCGGCGCGGGGCGCGCUCGGUCGCUCCGGGCAGAGUGUCCCCGCUGCGGCCCUGCGGCGAUGGCCACCAAGAUCGACAAAGAGGCUUGCCGGGCGGCGUACAACCUGGUGCGCGACGACUGCUCGGCCGUCAUCUGGGUGACUUUUAAAUACGACGGCUCCACCAUUGUCCCCGGCGAGCAGGGCGCAGAGUAUCAGGACUUCAUCCAGCAGUGCACAGAUGACGUCCGGUUGUUCGCCUUCGUGCGCUUCACCACCGGGGACGCCAUGAGCAAGCGGUCCAAGUUUGCCCUCAUCACGUGGAUCGGCGAGAAUGUCAGCGGGCUGCAGCGAGCCAAAACCGGCACGGACAAGACGCUGGUGAAGGAGGUGGUGCAGAAUUUUGCUAAAGAGUUUGUGAUCAGCGAUCGCAAGGAGCUGGAGGAAGAUUUCAUCAAGAGCGAGCUCAAGAAGGCGGGAGGAGCCAAUUACGACGCCCAGACGGAGUAACCCCAGCCCUUCCCCUGCCCCUUGCGAAGCCAUCCGCCUGCCCCCCGGGGGAGGGGCCGCGGCCUCAGCCACCAGCCCACCAGCCACCAGGGGCAGGGCUUGCAGUGCGAGGCCCGUGCCGCCCUGCCUGCAGCCUGCGCCCCUUCCCCGCUUCCCCCCCCCCCAGCCCGCUGCGCCCCAUCUGUCUCCUGACGCUCAUGGAACGUCUUUCUUUCAUCUCCUCCCCACCCCCCCUUGUUCUAAGGAAAACUCAUUUUGACGCCAGGGCCACGCACAUCGUCAGAUCUGAGGCUGCCCCUUGCGGUGACCCCCUUUCCUGGCCUGGCCUCUCCGCCGCCCCCUCGCGCUGCUUGGGGGGCGGCCGCCCGCCCCGGUGCCCCGUGCGCCCCUCGGGGGCGGGGCCGCCUUGCCGGCACCCACGUUGGUCCCGUGCGUCAGGCUGGGACCCCCCAGCGCGUGCCCCGGGGGUCCCUCACCCCUCCAUGCAGAGCUGCCUAAGCUACCCGCGCUGGGCAGGGAGACCUCCAAGCCUGCCUCCCACCCAAGAGAAGAGGGAAACUUUGCCUUAACGGUUGCCCAGCAACGGCUCGCUCUGCCCCUUUGGCUCGGAGCCCACUGCGCAGGCGCGGGGCGGGGGCCGAGGUUCAAGUGCAGCUGGGACGGGUGUCUCUCAGGGUUCGCUUCGGCGGCUCCCGGAGUGAUGGGGACGCUGGCGAGGGAGCCCGGGGCGCGGAGCGGGAAUCCGGGUCGCACUGGGGGCCGAUGCCUCGCUUUCGGGGGUGGGGGCCGCCGCGCCGCCGGUGGGACGGACCACUGCCGCGUGGCUCUAGAAAGCUAGUGGUGUUCCUCCCAGGUCUACACCACGCGUUCAAACAGAUGUUUUGUUUUCAGAGGAAGAGGAGAUUGGCUUGGUUCUCAUGAGCAGUAUUCUGUUUCUUUUUUCCUUGCUCAUUUCACUUGGGGGUAGGAAGUCUGUGCUGCAGGGGGCUGCGAACGUCUGCCCUCGGACAGUUUACAGAAAUAAAUGUGGUUUUUUGUUUUUCAAAAAAAA